GCCCUCGCCGCGGGAGGCGAGGCCGGAGCCGGCGGCCGCUACAUGGGUCCCGUGCGGCCGCCCCGCCGCUGGAAUCGCCCCCGCGCCCGGCGGUGUCUGGGGCUGCUCCUCCUUGUGCUGGCCGGGGCGGCCGGGGCCAGCAGGCAGCCGCCCUCAGCAGGUAGGAACUGUAGCUUUUUGCAGGAAAUGGAUGUCAUCCAGGAGCAGGAUGAAAACUGUUACUGCUAUGUGCAAAACAGAACCAUUCACUUACAGUACCUUUGGUCAACUCUUCAGGUAAAUGUGAACAGCAGAGAAAUGUUCAGGUUUGAGCCUAUUUCAGAAAAAAGCAACUGUCGUAAUUCAGAAACUGUUUUUGAGUUUGCUGCUUGUGCUGUUCAAAUCUUCUGGAAACCAGAGACAUCUACAGAAACUUUCAUAAGCAUAAAACAGUAUGGAGAGGAUAUUUGUUUCAAAAUACAGCCCUUCAAAACCGAACCGUACACUCUGAGUGUGAAACGAGAAAUGCUAGAUGGAAAGCUCUUAGUUUUGUUCGUAGCUGGAAUUUUUCUGUCCCAUUUUGCAAACAGUUUGAGCAGGAAUAGCAAAUUCUUUUACCUUUCUGGAGUAAUACUGGCUGUUCUUGCUCUGCUAGUUUUUGUCCUGUUGAUACUGAAAAGGUUUAUUCCAAGGCACAGUACCUUCUGGAUCUUAAUGAGUGGCUGCUGCUUUUCCUCUUUCUAUUUAAUUUACUGGUUCAAGGAGAAUAUGCAGUGGUUGUGGUCGGAACACAGAAGCUACUUGUUGGGUUAUUUUAUAGCUGUUGGAAUUACCAGCUUUGCCACUUGCUAUCAUCAUGGACCAUUUACCACUGAACUGAGCAUAACCUUGUUCACGUGGACCCUACAGUUAACAGCCUUCAUCUUCAUUUACUGUGGUGUCACCAUACCUCAAGUGGCAUAUGCAGUCAUAGCAGUCAGCCUCUGUUCCAAAGGCCUGUGCUACCCCCUCAGAGCUGCUUGUCACCUGGGCAGGAAAAUGAAGAAUCACUUUAAAUCAAAAGACUUAGUGUUUAAAUGGCUUACUGAAGAGGAGUAUCGAGAACAAGGUGAAAGGGAAACUAUCAGAGCUCUGGAGGAGCUACGCUCAUUCUGCAGGAACCCUGACUUCCCAUCAUGGUUAGCUGUGUACAAACUCCAGUCCCCACAUAGGUUUGCAGGUUUUGUUCUGGGAUCUCCCCAUGUCUCACCUGCAGAAGCAAAGGCCCAUGAUGCAGAAUACGGCAUUGAGAGCUUCUUCCUGGAAGAGCCGUUCUUUGAGACGAGGGCAGAAUCUGAGCAAGGUGAUCCAGCCAGUUCCGUCCAUGAAGGAAAUGAGGAGGAUGAAGAUGAAACACAUAGACAGAUUUCAUUUCCACAUGCUAUUGAGUUGCUCUGAGCUUUGGGAAGUAACCAAAAAAAAGGAGAGAGUAAACACAUCCUUCUUAGAAAGGGAGGAUAACAGGCUGAGAACUCACACUUGGUGAUUUCUUGUGGGUGCUGGUGGACAAGCAAGAGUUUUUGAAAAAACUGUUUCCUGUAUCACUGAUGUUGCCUGGUAAGAGCAAUGGAAGGAAACCGCAGGGGCUGUUGAAGUGAAGAGGAUUGUCAUGCUGUUGAUAGAAUUUUAGGUGUUGCUUGUUUCCAAAGCAGGGACUGGCAGCAGCCUGUCCCAUUGGGAUGCCUCAUUUUUCCAAGAAAACAAAGAAUCUGUUUUGGCCCUUUUCAUUGUCAUCCUCUGUGCUGAGAACUAGAGGGGGGAGAAGCCAUUAUUAAUUUUCUACCUUUACUAAGUACCCUACACGUCAACAAUUUUAAUAAUGCUGUUAGUGUGCUGAUGAUUUUAUUUUUUUAUUGUUUUUGAGUCUUUUCAGUGAUAAAGACCAAUAUGGACUUAACAGCUGAAUGAGGUUUGUUUGCUUUUCUGGCUAGUCUUGCUGUCACCUUCAUUUUAUCUCUCCACAUUUGUUGUAAGCUCCUCCUAUUCUUCAGAAUCCUGUCUGAAUUUUCAUCCUCUGCUUGCAUUCAUCUUUUCUUGGUCCCCACUCUAGUUAUACUGUAUUUUGUUCUUUCCAUGUCCUUGUGUCUUCACACACUCCUCUGCCAAACCUUACUUCAGUUGUUUUCUUCUCCAUCUCUGACAACUACAGACGAUUUAGCAGAGCAUUUCCAUUCCCAAAUAUUGCUUUUAAUUUCACAGUCACCUCAGACGGGUGCUGCUGUCCAUUCCAGGCCUCUCAAUCACCCAGAAAAGACAACAAAGCCUGAGGCUGUUUCAGUUGCUCUCAGCAGAGCUGGAGUGAUGCUGUAAGCAUAUAAUCAGGAAUACAGGUAAUGCACAUACGGCUUGGCUCUCCUCAGAGCACUCAAGUAUUUUGCCCAUUCAAUACGAAGUGCAAAGGACUUUCUGACAAAACAAGGAGGGAGGGUUACCGGCCUCCUGCCUUCCCUUCUUCUGCCCUCUUUGGGACUUGGCAGAGGAGGUGUGUGGGGAGCAGAGGAAAAGAAUAGGGAGACAGUUUGAGGCAGUCAGACAUCUUUCAGUUUAUGUAUUGUACAGUCCCGAGGGAUUAGACCAUGUCUCCUCAGUUCAUCCACCUUCAGAGGAAAUUUCUUUCUUUUGUUCUUUAGACUAUCCCUGUAUGUUCUCACCUUGCUGUUUUCCUUUACUGUCUUCCAAACUGCAGAAGACAAAAGAUUGUUAGUUCUGUCAUCAUCUGAAGAGAGCCACCAGGUAUUGCCAGUGGUGGGAAGCAGCUAGCUCUCCAGAAAGGCAGGUCAGACCAGGAUGUGUUUGGUUUAAAAGGGGGAGCUUUUCUUUGUAGCAUGCAGCAUGAUGUCAGCAGUGCAUGCACUAUCCUGGUGUUUCAUUGUCCAUUGCUACACAGGGGACAGAGAACACCUGGUACAGUGCUAAGAGGUGCUGCCAUACCACAUUCCAAGAGUUCCUCUUUUAUACAAGACUUCAGAGUUGGUGCUUGACAGCCUUACUUACAUGGUCCUUCCUCUUUUAUAUUGCUUCAGUUUUUCUUCAUUUUAAAAGGAACUCUUCACUUCACAGUGAAGAGACACUUAACACCCUUUUGUGCUGUUAAUUUAUACAUACACAUGCAUAAUCUGUACCAUGUUUAGCAGAGGGAAGCCCUGGCAAGCAGGUCCACUACAUUCAAAAACAGAGCAAAAGAGUUCUGUUCAGGAAGGCUGCUAGUAGGGAGACUCAGUUCUAAGAGGGGCUGCUGCUGCCCAAUUCACUGUGAAGCUGCCACCCACACUGAGGUCAGGCUGGUCUGCAGGAUUCUGUCACUAGCAAGAAGCUGGAAGCAUUAGCUGAGCUGAAAAUGGAGGACAGUCCCAUUAUCUUUGAUGGUUUGGGAGAUGGGUGGAAACUCCUCCCUGAACAGUGAUCUCAAUACAGUGAAGAUUUUACCUUUGCUCAUGUUGCCAUCAUGAAAAUUAAGUAUUAAAAUUACUAUUACAGAUUAGUGAAAAAAAAAGAUGCUUGAAGAGGUGUCUUAAAUGUUUUGUGCAUGUUUUAGAGUACACAGGAUUUGUUAGGUGUAUUUUAUAGUUAGCCAAGAACUCUCAUCCAUGUCAUCUGAGGCCAAUGGGGAAAAUCAGGUUUUGUGAGUUUUAAAAACUCACAGUUUUUCUUUACUUCCUCCUCUGUUUACUGAGGUAAACAGUGAUGCUUAUCCUUCCCUAAGUACGUAGUAUGUAUUUAUAUACAGUAGCCCAGAUAAUACAUUAAUAUUUUACCUAAGCAAUAUAUGAAAUGGAAAAGCUUCUCAAAACAGGCAACUGGGGUUUUGAGACACUGUCCCUUUUCUAAAUUACUUGCAAUAAUACCAGCUACAUGUACUUCAACAAGGGCAGAAAUUAUAAACAUAAAUAUCAACCCACAUUUUUUGUAGCUGUGAAAUACUGUCUGGAAUAGAGUGGGAAGCUACUAGGUACAUCCAAGACAGAAUUCUGUGCAGCAACAGGAGAGAAAGAAGACAGCUACUUUAGUUGAUAGCUGAUACUGACCUUAAAAAUCCGCCCAAGCCUGUUCCCAACAUUGGAAGCAUUUCAUAAUCAAAACCCACCAAAACCAGCUGCUGUCAUUUGAGCCCUUCACCAACAGUGAGUUUACUUGCACAGUGCUCCUGUGGUAUAUGGAGAUAACAUCCGUUUACUGAAAUACAAUUCUUAAGUACUGUCCAGUGUUCAGGCAGACAAUCUGUGAACAGAAUCUAGGUGUUAAUCCAGUGCCUUAACGGUUACAAAAGCCUUUCUUCCUUAAUGGUUACAUUCAUGUUCUGUUUCAUGGCGUGUAAGAAAAAAGAUAGCAUUUCAUAUUUAUUUUGUAUUCAUGUGCAGAAUGCUUGAUAUACUGUCUUCUACUUCCACAGUUUUUAAAAAUAAAAGUAUUUUUUACCUA